GGACGCGCGCGUUCGGUUGGCAAACUUGCCACGGUCCGUAAGACCCGAGGACGAGCGCCGGGUGGCGGCUGAGGGCUGGGAGGACGCGGCGUGUGGCCUCUCUUGCACCGAGAAACCCGAGGCGCGGAUGCCUGGUUCCCAGAUGGGAAGCGACGGGCGGUCGGCCCUUCGGCCCUGGUCCACCUGCGGUCGCUCUGGUGUUUGAGAGGUGUCUCCCAGGUGCAAAGUUUCCCACUCGGGGGUCCAGGCCUGGGAAGAGUGGCUAUGGCCAGUAUCACCCAGCUGUUCGAUGACCUCUGCGAGGCUCUCUUACCUGCUGCCCAGGCUCGCCCGGGCCAGCGCAGCGUGAAUAGGAAGAGGGCAAAGCUGAGCCUUAAGAGGGUAGCCUAUAAUGCUCUUUUCGCCAAUCUUUUCCAAGAGGAGACUCAUCAGCGGCAGCCCGACUCGUCGAAGCUCCCAGUGAAAAACAAGGUCCUCAUGCUGUCCUUUGAUUUGAGGGUGGGCGGCUUGGGGCCAGAGGCCGACCGUUUGGAGGAGCUUGUGGAGAAGUUGGAAGCCAGCCCUGGCUGUCCUCUUGUGGAGGUGGAGUCGGUGCUGGACCUCUUGGUUCAGCUGGCAGGGAGCGGCCCUCCUCAAGUGCUGCGGAGAAAACGGGAUUACUUCUUUAACAACAAGCACGCAGGCAGAAACGUACCCUACAGCGGCUACGAUUGCUAUGACCUGAGUGUGUUCGAAAUGGACGUUCGGUCGCUUAUCUCCGGAGAGGAGUAUUUGUGUCAUAACAUGGUCCAGGAAGCAGUUCAAGUGAUGGAGGCUGCCCCAGGCACUGGCCUGCCCACCGUUGGGCUCUUCUCAGCGGGUGACUCUUGUGGUGACAGGUUCGAGAGAGACACCCGGGUCUCACUCUUUGGCGCCCUCGUGCACAGCCGCACAUGUGACAUGGAUGUGCGUCUGGAUCUGCCCCCUGUGCCGGACAGCGCAGACUUUUCCGGGCUGGCCAUUAAGGUCCCACAGAUUGUGGAUCAAUGGGAAGAUGAAGGGUUCCAAUCAGCUUCCAAUUUAACUCCUGACUCCCAGUCUGAACCAAGCAUGACCCCGGACUUGGACCUGUGGGAAGCUGUGCUCACAUACGAAGCCAGCAAGCGGAGGUGCUGGGAGCGCAUUGGAUGCCCCCCUGGUCACCGAGAGGAGCCCUACCUCACCGAGGCAGGGAGGGAUGCCUUUGACAGGUUCUGCAGGCUCUGUCAUGGAGAGCUACAGGCCCUCAGUGGGGGUCUACUACAGGCCCCCAAGCCUGUGCUGGUGGAGGAAAGCGAGCUGGUGAAAGACUCACUGAAUGUCCUGCUGGGUGUGGUGUCCGCUACAUUUUCUCUUUGUCAGCCAACACAAGCCUUUGUAGUGGAGUUGGGUGUCCAUGUGUCAGGCGCAUCUCCUGAGAGCAUCAGCAGCAUCCUUUCCGAAGUGGCGGAGUAUGGGACCUACUACACACGCCUGAGCCACUUCUCUCUGCAGCCUGUCGUAGGCUCCUCGUGCAGCAGGGGCCUUGUGUUCCAGGCCUUCACCAGCGGCCUGCGGAGGUACUUGCAGUAUUACCGGGCCUGUGUUCUCUCCACCCCGCCUACCCUGAGUCUCCUCACCAUUGGCUUUCUCUUCAAGAAACUGGGCCGGCAGCUCAGGUACUUGGCUGAGCUUUGUGGUGUUGGCACUGUAUCCCUGGCAACCAGCGGAGAACCCAGGCCUGUCUUCCCCACUGGAGUGAAGCUUCUGUCCUACCUCUACCAGGAGGCACUGGAUAACUGUAGUAAUGAGCACUAUCCUGUGUUGCUGUCCCUGCUGAAGACCAGCUGUGAGCCCUACACACGGUUCAUCCAUGAUUGGGUGUACAGUGGAGUCUUCAGAGAUGUUUAUGGGGAGUUCAUGAUCCAAGUUAACCAUGAGUACCUCAGCUUCCGAGACAAGUUUUACUGGACCCAUGGCUACGUGCUCAUUUCCAAAGAGGUGGAGGACUGUGUUCCCGUGUUCUUGAAACAUAUUGCCCACGAUGUGUACGUCUGUGGGAAGACCAUCAACCUGCUGAAGCUCUGCUGUCCCCGGCACUAUCUCUGUUGGUCUGAUGUCCCCGUCCCUCGUAUCUCGGUGAUCUUCUCUCUCGAGGAGCUGAAGGAGAUCGAGAAGGACUGUGCUGUCUACGUCGGGCGGAUGGAGAGAGUUGCCCGUCAUAGCUCCAUCAGCAAGGAGGAAAAGGAAUUGCGUAUGGAAAUUGCAAAACAAGAACUAAUUGUCCAUGCCCGGGAAGCAGCAUCUCGGGUCCUGAGAGAGCUGAGUGACCGGCAGAUGUCAGAACAGAUGGCUGUGGACACCAGGAAGCGAGAGCAGUUUCAGCGGCUGAAGGAACAGUUUGUGAAGGAUCAGGAGCGACGCCUGGCGGCUAGACAAGAGGAGCUAGAUGAUGAUUUCAGCUAUGCCCGUGAGCUCCGUGAUCGGGAGAAGAGGCUCAAGGCCCUGGAGGAAGAGCUGGAGAGGAAGGCCAGGCAGGCACUGGUUGACCAUUACAGCAAGUUGUCUGCAGAGGCAGCUCGCCGAGAGCAGAAGGCUCUGUGGAGAAUCCAGAGGCACCGGCUAGAGAGCGCACGCCUCCGUUUCCUCCUGGAAGACCAGAAGAGCAUUCAGGAGAUGCUGAGAGACAUGGAGGCUCACCCGCCCCAGGAGCCGCUGAGCGUGUUCCCAAGCACAUGCCCUCAGGUCCCAUCUCCAGGUCCUGAGCAUGCAGAUGAAGGCCAUAGCUGUGAUCUGGGGUCUGCAGAACUGCGUUGGGAUCAUCCAAGUCCACCAAGUGCAUCAACACCAUCAGCCCUCCAGUCUGCGGCAGAGGGAGUGGAUGACCCUGGUGCUGGGCAGGCAGAGGGAGCUGGGCCCUUCUCUCCUGGUCUCAGCAUCACAGACUUUCUGCCCGUGGGCCCUGGGGCCGAGCAGCCUGUGGAUAACACUGGAGCUCCCUUCUUAGAGGUGGCACUGCAGACCAUUUCUUCAGACCUGUCCCCUGUAACUCCUGGGCCAGCACUCACAGCAGCUGACCCCCAGCCUAUCCAGUCAGAGUAUGAUUUCAAUACCAUCCUGAGGCCAGCUGUAGCCACCUCUUCACCAGGACCCUCGCAGGAUGUCCAAAACAGUUUGGACAGUGAAAAGCAGCAUCUAUUGGACAUGCCCACAAAACUGGAUGCAUGUGUCCAUGACAUGCAAGAGACUUUGCCUUGCCCACAUCCACUCAAACAUGUCACUUCUGAGGAGGGGACCUUCCAGCCUGUGGGGCAGCUCCUUGAACACAUAUCAGGGACUGCUGUCUCUGCAGAGAGCCUUGCUUCUGGCAUGGCUCCUUGCCAGCCACUUAGCAUUUCCGGAUGUGUGUCAGAUGCCAGCAUCAAGCAGGGGGACUACAUGUCAGACGUGGCUCUUCCUCAGCCACAGUGGAACAUCCAUGGACAUUUGUCACAUGCCAGCACUGGAGCUGGGGAGAAUGUGUCAGAAGUGGCUCCUUCCCGGCCACGGUGGAAUGUCCACGGACAUGUGUCAGAGGCCAGCAUCAGGAUUGGGGAGAAUGUAUCAGAUGUGGCUCCUUCCCGGCCACGGUGGAAUGUCCACGGACAUGUGUCAGAGGCCAACAUCAGGAUUGGGGAGAAUGUGUCAGAUGUGGCUCCUUCCCGGCCACGGUGGAAUGUCCACGGACAUGUGUCAGAGGCAAGCAUCAAGAUUGGGGAGAAUGUGUCAGAUGUGGCUCCUUCCCGGCCACGGUGGAAUGUCCACGGACAUGUGUCAGAGGCCAGCAUCAGGAUUGGGGAAAAUGUGUCAGAUGUGACUCCUUCCCGGCCACGGUGGAACAUUCAUGGACAUGUGUCAGAUGCCAACAUCAAGAUUGGGGAGAAUGUGUCAGAUGUGACUCCUUCUCGGCCACGGUGGAAUGUCCAUGGACAUGUGUCAGAGGCAAGCAUCAGGAUUGGGGAAAAUGUGUCAGAUGUGACUCCUUCUCGGCCACGGUGGAAUGUCCAUGGACACGUGUCAGAUGCCAGCAUCAGGAUUGGGGACAGUGUGUCAGAAGAGGCUCUUCAGCCACAUGGAUGUCCUCAGCCUCCCUUGAUUCUGGAGGAGCCCUUGCCAGAAGCUGAGCCUGACCUCCUCACGCCCCAGCAGUGCCCUCCUGCCUGUGUGUCCCCGUCAGGCCUUCAUGUGGAAGCACAGAGCCCUGUUGGGGAAAGCGGGCCACAGCUACCUGGAGAAACGAAGCCCACCCUCUGUUCUAGCCUUGGCAGCACAGAAGAAGGUAGUGUACAGACCAAGCCCCCUGCUGUGGCUGAGCCUAGCACGCUGGGAAAUGGCAUCCCUGAAGAGACAGGUCCAGGGAGGAGGAGGGAUGCAGAAGACCUCUCUCCAUGGCCUCCAAGCUCACAGGAAGACACAGCGGUCCCAAGCAGCCCAGGCCCUAGUGAGGAGGUCUCGGACACAGAGGCUGAGGCCAGACGGUGGGGCAAGGAGCAGGCCUAUUUGGCAGACCUCACAAAGCUCUACCACCUGGAGCAGUACCCAGACAGCUACGAAUCCAUGUCAGAGCCUCCUGUGGCUCACCUGGUCCAUCACAUGCUUCCCCAGGCCUUUGCUUUCCCCGUGGACCCCCAAGUUCAGUCAGCGGUGGAUGAGACUGCAGUGCAGCUAAGUGAGCUGCUGACGCUGCCUGUGCUGAUGAAGCGCUCGCUCACGGCACCUCUGGCUGCCCAUGUCAGCCUGGUGAACAAAGCUGCGGUCGACUAUUUCUUUGUGGAGCUGCACCUGGAGACACAUUUUGAAGCACUGCGCCAUUUCCUGCUGAUGGAAGAUGGAGAGUUCGCGCAGUCCCUUAGUGACCUGCUCUUUGAGAAGCUCGGGGCUGGACAGACGCCUGGGGAGCUGCUCAACCCACUGGUCCUUAACAGCAUCCUGAGCAAGGCACUGCAGUACAGCCUCCACGGGGACACGCCACAUGCUGCCAACCUGUCUUUUGCCCUCAAGUACCUGCCUGAGGUGUUUGCCCCUAAUGCGCCGGAUGUGCUGAGCUGCCUGGAGCUCAGGUACAAGGUUGACUGGCCCCUCAACAUCGUUAUCACCGAGAGCUGCCUGAACAAGUACAGCGGUAUCUUCUCCUUCCUGUUGCAGCUGAAGCUCAUGAUGUGGACACUCAAAGACAUCUGCUUCCACCUCAAGCGCACAGCCCUGGUGAGCCACACAGCUGGAUCAGUGCAGUUCCGCCAGCUGCAGCUGUUUAAGCACGAGAUGCAGCAUUUCGUGAAGGUCAUCCAGGGCUACAUUGCUAACCAGAUCCUGCAUGUCAGCUGGUGUGAAUUCAGGGCCCGGCUAGCUGUAGUAGGUGACCUGGAGGAGAUCCAGCGGGCCCAUGCCGAGUACCUGCACAGGGCUGUUUUCAGGGGCCUGCUGACUGAGAAGGCGGCACCAGUCAUGAACAUCAUCCAUAGCAUCUUCAGCCUGGUGCUCAAGUUCCGUAGCCAGCUCAUCUCCCAGAGCUGGGGCCCGGCUACUGGCCCCCGUGGUGCCGAGCACCCCAACUUCCCGCUCAUGCAGCAGUCCUACAGCACCUUCAAGUACUACUCCCACUUCCUUUUCAAAGUAGUGACCAAGCUUGUGAACCGUGGCUACCAGCCCCACCUUGAGGACUUCCUGCUUCGAAUCAACUUCAACAACUACUACCAGGACUCCUGAGGACAGACAGGACCAUGGUGCUGCAUCCCGUCUGACCUGGCUACAGCAGUGAGCACCCAGACAGACCUGAAAAAAGCUGCUUUAUUUAGAGGCCUAGGAGAUUGAACAAGUGUCAGGCCCAGUCCUUUGGGGCAAGAUGCACAGACAGGCUACAAGGCUAAUUCAUCCCUGUUUGCAUCGCUUAUAAGCAUGAGACUGAGUUCCUCUACUGGCAUGAAGUACCAUGUGCUGAGGGCAUGUUGAGUGCUAGGCCAGGGCAGUACUGCUGAGGUGGUAUCAGACAGAGACGGGUCAGGUUUGACUGGAGGUCUCUGCCAUCAUGGAGAGACCGUGAGGGUGGGGAUCCCAUGGUCUCAGCAACUCAGCAGCACUGGGGACGCCUCGGGAGACUCCAGACACGUGGAGGACACCGAGGCCUUUAUGAGGAUCAUGUUACACAGAGUUCUGCCGCCCAGAGGGGUGGCCUGCUGCUGUAGGAACACUGCUCAUCAGUGGCCCUUGCCGCUGCUUCAGGGCCUGUGGCCUCAGUGGCCACCUCUUCGCUGUAGUAAGGAGACUCUAGCAGCUUCAGGACACGCCGCACCUAGAGAACAGGUGAGAGGAAUUGGAGUGGGUAUAUUUAAUGACCGCCCUUCCUCCCGGGACCUAACAGGCACAGGUGUGUGCUUACCUCGGAAAAGUCUCCGUUCUCAGCAGCUUCAAUGGCAUUCUGUGCAAUAUAGUUCCUUAGGAUGUACUUGGGGUUGUUGGCAUGCAUGAUGCGCACACGGUCUGCCUGCCAGGCAGCGGUGUCUCCGACAUCCUCCUUCUCCUUGUCCAGACGGGCUCUGGAAUCAUAUCCCUAGCUGGCUUUUUCCAACAAGACCAGCUUGCUCCAGCCCCAAUUCAGGGCCAUCUGCAGCCACCCCUGUGUGCCAUUGUGCCAAGGAGCCAGCACAGGUGGCCCUGGAAGCUGCCUACCUGUACUCCUGCAGCCAAGUUUUCCAGCGGUCUGUGUUCUUGCUCUGCAGUUCCUCGGGGCUCAGCUGUUCCAGCCGGGACUGGUGUUCCACACGCUCUAGCUCCUUUGUGACAUUUGCUUGAGUGCCGAUGAGGGCAAAGAGCUGUGGGUUCGACUGUGCAAGCAUCAGCAUCAUAGAGAGCUGCCUGCAGGGAGGGGUACAGGAAGUACCUCAGCUAGGGGCAGUACAUAGAUUUUGCUGUGCUGUGAGGUCGGCUGCUUUGUAGAUAGCCACAUGACUCAGGUGCUGAGGCAACUUCCAAAUUGCCCUGGACCCGGGCGUUGCAGUUAGCUGAGGUCAGGGACCACGAUGACCCAGGUGUGUUCCUACCACAUCUCAAGUGCCAUUUCCUCUGAAUGGUUACUGCUCCAUUCUCCACUAAAUUCCUUCUGCAUGACUA